GCGACACUCCGUUUCUUGCACAUUUGAACUUUCACUUCGAUUCACCAAACGUCAUGGAAUACCGCCUUCUUGGUCGUUCUGGGCUUAAAGUUUCUGUCGUUAGUUUGGGAGGAUGGCUUACCUAUGGUGGCCAUGUUGAAAAGCGUUCGUUCCUGAUUGCUGCUUUGGUACCGCAUUGCCUGGUGUGGCGGUUUGCUGUGUAUGGCGGAACGUCAGGUACACCCGGUGACCAGAAGAUACGCAGCAACAGAAGGCGGGGUGCUGUUUGUAACUUCUCUUCGUCCGAUUUUGUUGAAACCAUCCCAGGAAUACCGGAAGGCUACUUAUUUCUGGGAUACCGGGUGUAGCCGACGUUCUGCUGUACCAAGCAAAGCCAUAUCCGGCAAUGCGAUUCUAUCUCUUGGUUUAAGUGUCUUCGGCUGACGCAUACUAGAAAAAACCUUCGACUGUAUGAAAACGGCUUUUGAUGCCGGAGUCAACUUUUUCGAUACCGCUGAGAGUUAUGCCGGUGGCCAAUCCGAGGUUGUUAUGGGUGAGUGCAUUCGGAAAUACGGCUGGGCCAGAAACGAGCUUGUCAUCUCCACAAAGAUCAAUUGGGGGGGAGCAUCCGCCUCGGAGGGACAUGCGGAGAACUCCGUUGGUCUGUCGAGAAAGCAUAUUGUUGAAGGGUUGAACAACUCUCUUAGACGUUUGGGAUUGGACUACGUCGAUUUGGUCUAUGCCCAUAGACCUGACCGUUUGACACCUAUGCAGGAGAUUGUUAGGGCCUUCAACCAUGUCAUUGACCAAGGGAAAGCUUUUUAUUGGGGAACCAGCGAGUGGUCUGCUGAGGAGAUUGCGGAUGCCUGGGGAGUUGCUGACCGUUUGGGAUUGAUUGGCCCUGUGGUAUUUCUUGGUUUUUUAUUUAUUGAUUUCGAGUGGAAUCUGACAAUUUGGAAACUUUAGAUGGAGCAACCUCAAUACAAUCUCCUAGUACGUGACAAGGUGGAGAAGGAAUACUACAACUUGUAUGCCAAGCACGGCCUCGGUCUGACCACUUUCUCUCCUCUGAGAAUGGGCAUUUUGAGCGGAAAGUACAACGAUUUCAAGAUUCCCGAGGGUUCCCGUCUUUCUAGCUCUUCCGAUUCUUUCACUAAGGCUAUGAGAGAGAAAUUCCACACGGACGAGGAGAUGAGGAAGCAAAUCACCACCACCAAGAGCCUUGAGGUAUUUCCGUUGACCCAAUGCUUAAACUACAUAUCGCAGACUACUAACGGUGCGGCGGUAUCACAGACGGUCGCCAAAGAACUUGGCAUCACCCUUUCCCAACUCGCAAUCGCCUGGGUCAUCAAAAAUCCCAAAGUUUCUAGUGUCAUCACAGGAGCCAGCAAGCCGGAACAGGUCCUCGAGAAUGUGGAGGCCGUGAAGCAUGCUGAAAAAUUGACUCCGGAGAUUAUGGAGAGGAUUGAGAAGAUUGUGGGUAAUAAGCCUCAAUUGGAGAAUAGACGCUUUACUUGA